AGCAUCGAUCAGCUGACUGCUCAGUUGACUUCCGCAGCUCUGAUCGGCCCAGUUCGGUGCCAACAGCUAAGCUGAUGAGACCUGAUGAGUUUAUCAGAAAAAUAAAAAAAUAAUCAUGAAGCGAAUGACAUAACAUUUUAUCAUCAGAGUGACAAUCAUCAAACCAGGAUGGGAACUUACAGUGUCAUUUCUUCCUGCACAAUGAAUGUGAGGAAAGUUGAAAAGAACGUUUUGAGUGUGGAACAGUCAGAGGGAGUUGGUGCCCGUGUUCGCAGGAGCAUCGGCAGAAGGGGGCUGACAAACGUGGACCCUUUCCUGCUGCUGGAUGAGUUCAGAGUAAGCAAGCCGGCAGGUUUUCCUGACCAUCCUCACAGAGGAUUUGAGACGGUAACAUACGUCUUGGAGGGGACCACUGCUCAUGAAGACUUCUGUGGCCAUUCUGGACUACUGAAACCUGGAGAUCUGCAAUGGAUGACUGCAGGGCGGGGAGUGGUCCAUGCCGAGAUGCCCAUGUCGGAUGAGCCGGUGGUGGGCUUACAGCUGUGGGUUAACCUUUCGAGACAAGACAAGAUGGUGGAGCCAGCCUACCAGGAGCUUAAGGGUUCAGACAUCCCCAAACCCAGCCAGGGAGGAGUGAAAGUGGCUGUCAUAUCUGGAGAAGCUCUGGGAGCAAAGUCUAAAGUCUACACCAGGACGCCGACCAUGUACCUGGACUUCACACUGCAGCCGGGGGCUGCGCAUGUGCAGCCGGUCCCCCCAGGAUGGACAACCUUUAUCUACACGCUGUCAGGAUCCGUUCAUGUUGGCCCAGAUGAGGAGCAGCAGAAGGUAGAGCCUCAUCACACUGUGUUGUUUGGAGAUGGAGACUGUGUAAAGUUUGAAAACAAGGGCCCUGAAGUUUCCCACUUUGUUCUUAUUGCUGGAGAACCAAUUAAGGAGCCCGUGGUACAACAAGGCCCAUUUGUGAUGACGUCACAGGAAGAAAUAAGAGAAGCCAUGCGAGACUACCAGACCGGCACCAAUGGCUUUGAACGAGCCGUUAACUGGAGAUCCAAAAUCAGAGAUUCCUUCUGAACACUAGAUAAUGCUGUCUCCACCCUCGUGAAAGUGUUUGCCUUACAGCUUUAUAAUAACAUUUGUGGGGAUGUUUGUUUUAUCAUAAAUAUUAGAUUAUGUGCUGUUUCAUUAAAUGGGAGCAUGCCUUGUACUGUAAAUCUGCACUGAUCUCAUUAAAUUAAAUUUUUAUUGCA